AUAUCUGCUUUAUACCUACUUUGGGAGAUAUAGACUGAAAAGGAGAAGGGGGCCGUUUCGCCCCCCCCCCCCCCCGGGACGCAGGAGCCGUUUCGGAUAAAAAGGCUCAUGUUCGUGUAAAUCGGUGAGGUUUGAUCGGUAUGGAUACCUACAGCAUUAUGCGACUUUUUGACCGUUUAGAGCCAUGGGUCAUAGUUUGACCUCUUGGCUCUUGCUGUGUGUAGUCAUUAGCGCCAUACAGGAGCUCACCCGGUACAUUACCGCACCGUCCAUGACCUACUACAUUUUGCACCAGCUCACUCGGCGCGGGUGCGUAUUUUAAGCUCUGAUUUUAAGGAUGAGCCGCUGCUGCGUCAGUUGCUGGGAACGGGGUUCUGUCUAUCCGGCUCUGUGCAGCCUAUCUCCGGCAUCCCGUCACCGGCGCCUUGGUCCGGGCCUGCCCAAAUUGUGUGACCUAGCCGGAGCAGGAGGGAAAUCCUUCAAUGUGCAUCUGCGAGUUAUACGUGUAUUGUGCACACUUGUUGGUUGAGCUGUAAACAUGAAAGGUACGGGUCCAUGCGACGUGUGGAAUAUACAGCAGAAUCCACUUCAUAAAUCCACCUUGGUAACGCGACGUUUUGGAUUUAUUAAGCGGUGGCUUUAUUGUCCUUAAAAUAUCUUUAUUUAUUAACCGGAGUAGUCAUUUUCUAAGGCUAACACAAGCUAACACAAGACCCUAAAUACAGGCUAACACUUGUCAUUGCCCGAUUUAUUCCAAUGAAAGUGACCAGCGCACACUACAUAUCGUCUGAUUUAUCUCUGCUCGUCGUGUGCUGCAGCAUAAGGACAAUGUCUUGCUCGCUGCUCCCGCCUCCCCACAUGACGUUUCCAGACUGUCCAAUAUCCAUUGCUGUGGACCUCCCGAGGUCAUCCAAUGGUUUGUUUAUGAAUCGCCUAAUUGCAAGUACGCAGGACCUCGACACAAACUACAAAGCGCAAACCAAAGCAGGCUGCUGGUCGCUGCGCCUGUCCUCGCUGGAGGUGCCGGCGUUGCGUCAGCGCGGGCAGACGGCCACCCUGCGCUGUCGGUAUGACGUCGAAGGCGACGACCUCUACAGCGUCGCCUGGUACAAGGACGACACAGAGUUCUAUCGCUUCCUGCCCACCGCGCGCAAGCCCAAGACUACCUUCCCAGGAGUGGCCGGCAUCAAUGUGAACGUGAAGGAGUCGGACGAUGUGCGGGUGACGCUCACCUCGCUGUCGGUUUUCAGCAGCGGUCAGUACCGCUGUAAGGUCAACACAGAGGCGCCCGUCUUCGCAUCGGUCACCGAGACGACAAACAUGCUGGUCGUAGCGCCACCCGAGUCAGACCCGGUCAUCUCGGGGUUCGAGGAGGACCACUGGGCGCCCGGGGACACGCUGCAGCUCAACUGUACGUCGGCCAAGUCGUACCCAGCGGCGCGGCUCCACUGGGCCGUCCACGGCCGGCUGAUAACUGGUGACCUGCUGACCCCGUAUCCCCUGGAGGAGGACGAUGAAGGUCUGCAGACUGCCACUCUGGGCCUCCGCCUGCACCUGCGGCCCACGCUGCUGAGCAGCGGACCGGUCAAAGUCUCCUGCACGUCGAUCGUCUCCAGGAACAUCUCCGAGUACGAGUCUCGGCAGCGACCCCCCGGCGGCGACGGCCGCACGACGGAGACGCUCUACACAAACACGACCUCCAUACUGGUGGGCAGCGGUGUCGGCGCGGCGCAUCCCUCCACCGCGUUACUGCUGCUGCUGCUCGCAGUAGUGGGUUACACGGCCUCCGUGCCCGCCUGUCCACGGUGGACGUAGCCCUGACCUCGGGCGCAGGCAAGAUGACGCAGUGAUCAAGUCAGCCCUAUGGCGUACAGAGCAAAAACAGGUACCGAACCGAACAGUGCUCAGUGGAGUACCCGACACGGACAGGUACCGGACCGGAUGGUGAUCAGUGGAGUACCGGACAAGGACAGGUACCGGACAGGGCAGCGAUCAGCGGAGCACAGGACAGGACAGGAAAGUGCUCAGUGGAGUACUGGACAGGCAUAGUGUCCAGCGGAGUACCGGACAGUGACACCGUACCCGGGAGCGAGGCGUAACGGACCGAGCGAACCUUGCCGAGAUACGGCGGAGGCAAGCCUUGCUGAGCCUGCAAGUGUGAAGCGGUCGUGAAGCGGGAACUUGGAGAUGUGACAGCCAAGAAACCCGUGAGCAAAGACAAAUAGUGUGUGUGAGGAGUCACGGGUGCAAUACCCAACUGACUCAGCUUAUGCAACUUUCUGAAUGAUAAUUCAGAAAGCCGGCUGGCUGGUUUCGAUGGCCUAGCGUUUGUUGCGGUGUAUUGCACUGGACUCUACUUUUUAAUGCAGUGUAUGUGCGAGUGUUUUCACCAAAGCCGAGGGAUUGACUUAGAUUGUUCGGUUGUGUUGAAUAAUCUUCUAGUUCUUAGCCCCAAUGAGAGGCUAAUUUUAUAACUUCGCACAGCGCAGCUGCUACCACGCUGCGUCAGGAUGCCGAGAGGGGUGAAUGCAUUACUGACAUUUGAGUCUCUCGCCGACAUGUAACGGACCGAACGAGCGUGUAGCGAGUGUCGUAUGCAAGGGCCCGUGUAAGACACGAGUGACGCGCCGCCUCAACGGGAGUUCCCGACACAUAUGGUCACGACGAACGCCAAUGCCCGCCGCCGUACUAUCAGUUGUCACGGCGGUUCGUCCCAGCCGCUCCAGCGAGACAGCCACGCAUGCACCGCUGCCAUGUCCAUUGUCUACUGUCCAGAGAGCACGACGCUUGAUGGACGGACUUUGGUCCGGGCGACCGUGAGCCGUCCUUGGACUUGAACGGUAGCGGUCUAGCUCGUAUGAGCGCCGAGCCAAGUCGUCGAGUCGCGUCAGGUCCGUAGGUGAGUUUUAGCUGAGUGGAGUGCCUAUCGUGCGGCAUACUGGCACUACUCAGCACUUGGAGGCGUCGGCGGACCACCAGAGUCGAUUUUAGGGGAGGGGCAGUUGGGGUGUAGCUCCCUACGGGAUCUCUCUGGCUACCAGCCCGCGUACAUAAAGUCAGUUUGUUGUUUGUUUGAGCACAGAUGUAGAGAUCGACAGCCGCCGUGGCCGGCUAGUGCUUGUCCUGCUGAGUGUGCGCCAUGGGAACGAAGCAGACUCGAAUACACGUGUGAUACGA